AUAGCUUUAGCCAAAGCUUGUGGGAAUGGAAGCCAACUAGGAUUAGAAGCAAAAUUUUCCAGUGAAGCAGUGUCUCAAAUCUUUCAAGCUUCCCUUCCUGUCAGCAAGCAAAGAAUCUUCGCUGUGCAGAAAGGAAUGAAUGAAACAAUGAGGUACAUCCUGAUUGAUUGGUUGGUAGAAGUGGCGACUAUGAAAGACUUUUCUAGCCUGUGCCUUCACAUGACUGUGGGAUGCGUGGAUCGUUAUUUGAAGCUGAGACCUGUACCUCGGGCUCGACUCCAGCUUUUAGGAAUAGCCUGCAUGGUCAUUUGCACACGUUUCAUCAGCAAAGAGAUCCUGACAAUACGGGAAGCUGUGUGGCUAACAGACAACACAUACAAAUAUGAAGACUUGGUCAGAAUGAUGGGUGAGAUCAUUUCUGCCCUAGAAGGAAAGAUACGGAUACCUACCAUUGUUGACUACAAAGAAGUAUUGUCAAACAUAGUCCCGCUGGAGAGAAGAACUCUUCACCUUUACAGCUUCAUUUGCGAGCUGUCCCUCUUAAACACAAGCCUUUGUGUGUACUCCCCAGCGCGGCUGGCUGUCGCAGCACUGCUGCUGGCUAAAAUUCUGCACAGGCAAGCACACCCCUGGACCAGCCAGCUGGCUGAAUGUACUGGUUUCUCUCUUGAAGACCUGUUGCCCUGUGUGCUAAGCCUCCACCAAAAGUGUUUCCAUGAUGAUGUCCCGAAGGAUUAUAGGCAGGUGUCCUUAACUGCAGUGAAACAACGAUUUGAAGAUGAGCGUUAUGAAGAAAUAGGCAAAGAAAAGAUGAUGAGUUACAGCCAGUUCUGUUCAUUGCUGGGUGUGAAACAGGAGGAUCCGGAGCCCAGUACCUUGCACACGAACAUGGUGGAAAUUCAGGCUUUCCUUAGCUCUCCCUCAGGAAGGAGAACUAAAAGGAGGAGGGAAGACAGCAUUCAGGAUGACAGAGGCAGCUUUGUGACUACACCCACAGCAGAGCUAUCCACCCAGGAAGAAAGUCUUCUAGAUAACUUCCUAGACUGGAGUUUAGAUUCCUGCUCUGGUUAUGAAGGUGAUCAGGAAAGUGAAGGCGAGAGAGAUGGAGAUGUGACAGGUCCCAGCGGUAUCUUGGAUGUGACCGUGGUCUACAUGGACCCUUCAGAGCACUGCUGUCAGGACUCCAGUGACGAGGACAGCCUGUCUGCAGAGUGGGCUGAGCACACAGCCCCCCUGAGGGAGCCCAAGCUGCCGCACGGCACUCGCAGCCUCUCAGCAUAUCUCACCCCGAGAAAUCCCAACCCGGAAGGGACCUCGGGAUACUCUUCUGUCAGCAGCGCCAGCCCUACAUCUUCUGUAGAAGGCAGCCUUGGAGUACCUCUGAAACCUACCUCAGCUCUGUCCCGUGGCAGUGCUGCCAACAAGGAGCUGUGCCUGCCUCCUUACCUGGAACCGUGUUUACAGCCAGUCUGUGCUGGGCCUAGCAAUGGCAAGGGUGACAGGCGGCCAGUCAAGCGAAAAAAUGUGGCAGAACACAGUGAAGAAAGGCUGAACUUGGGCUUCUUAAGCCUCUGA